UUAGGUUGAAUACGGCGAGACUUGAUCUGACGCAAUUCUGAAAAUCUUCUAGUCAUUCGCCCUUUUUUUCUUCAUCUUUUAAUCUUCAACUUUUUGCCCCCUAAGUUUCCUUGGCAUUUCUCGUAUAGAAUAGGAUAUAAUUUCAGGAUUCUUUCUGAUAAUAUUUAAUCUACGCUACCUACCUAGAAUAUACUAUCUACCAAAUUCACGAAACAAUCCUACCGCCAUGGCUUCUGCGAACCGCUCCAACAAUCCAGUGCCACAUAACCCGCCCCAUGCGGCGACGGUCAAGUCGGCAACCGAGUUAAUUGGAAACACGCCGUUGGUCCGCCUGAACAAGAUCCCGCAAUCUUUCGGCAUCGAGGCCCAAAUCUAUGCCAAGGUCGAACUCUUCAAUGCUGGCGGUUCCGUCAAAGACCGCAUAGCCUUACGGAUGAUUGAGGAAGCCGAGAAAAGUGGAAGGAUUAAGCCGGGCGAUACUUUGAUCGAGCCGACGAGCGGAAAUACAGGUAUUGGUUUGGCAUUGGUUGGCGCUAUCAAGGGCUACAAGACGAUCAUCACCUUGCCUGAAAAGAUGUCUGCUGAGAAGGUGUCGGUACUCAAGGCACUAGGCGCUACUAUCAUACGUACCCCCACGCAAGCGGCCUGGGACAGCCCUGAGAGUCAUAUCGGUGUCGCAAGGAAACUAGUCAAAGAGAUCCCGAACGCGCAUAUCUUAGACCAGUACUCGAACGUAGACAAUCCAAAAGCCCAUGAGUUUGGAACAGCCAAAGAGAUUUGGGAACAGACCGGCGGUGAAAUUACUUGCAUUGUAGCAGGCGCUGGAACGGGUGGUACUAUUUCGGGCUUGGCGAAGGGCUUGAAAAGUUACAACUCGGAUAUCAAAGUAGUGGCUGCAGAUCCGCAAGGGAGUAUCUUGGCCUUGCCCGAGGCUCUGAACGACGAGCACCGAGAUGAACCCUACAAGGUAGAGGGAAUUGGGUACGAUUUCAUCCCCGAUGUCCUUAAUAGGCAGCUUGUCGACAAGUGGUACAAGACAGACGACGUGGAGUCUUUCAAGCUAGCGCGUCGAUUGAUUUCCGAGGAGGGCCUACUUGUUGGUGGAAGUUCUGGAAGUGCCUUGAGUGCUGCCUUCAAAGCAGUCAAGGAUUUAGGACUUGGCAAGGACGAUGUCGUUGUUGUCGUCCUACCGGAUAGUAUCCGAAGCUACCUGACGAAAUUCGCCGAUGAUGACUGGUUGGCGGCGAACGAUCUACUACCGACUACCGAUGCCGCAGCGAAGGAAGCGGCGGCGAAUGGUAAAUCUGCGAAGGCGGAAGACCCUUAUGCUGGCGCAACUGUUCGUUCGUUAAGGCUUAAGCCAGUUAUUUCCGUCAUCGCCAGUAGUCCUUGCUCUGAAGCUAUCGAGACCAUGCGUGACAAGGGCUUCGACCAGCUUCCAGUUCUUGCCAGCGCGGGAGGUAAAUUGGUAGGCCUUGUCACUCUCGGCAAUUUACUUAGCUACGUCUCACGCGGACGGGCUAGCGGACAUAGCCCGGUCAAAGACGUCAUGUUUGAUUUCGGCAAGAUUGACGAAGUAGUCACCGAUCCCCGAGAAGGAAAGGGUAGCAAAGGUCGCAAGUUCGUCGAGAUCACAUUGGACACGCCAAUUGCGGAGCUGAGCAAGUUCUUCGAGUGGAACAGCGCUGCCGUCGUUACUGAGCCUAGUCAACUCAAAGCUAAAGCGCUCAGCAAGCCCGUUGCCGUGGUCACUAAGGUUGAUUUGUUGACGUGGAUGGUGAAGCAGGUCAAGGCUUAAGACUUUUCUACGUAGGGAAAGGCUGGCAUUUUGCUCUUGCGGGUUAGAAAUAGGUUAGAUAUAGGUUAUCAGCAUGGCGUUAUGGUAGAAAUUGUAAUUUCAAUUUCAGCGAUCAAUCAACUGGUUAACUUCGGGUAUCAGAGUAUAAACAACGGACUCAACGUCCCCAAUGGUUUAGAGAGAAUUGGUUACUGAAUACUUUUUCUAUAGACAUAUAUCUAGGUAGAAUGAAUUAUGGCAGCGAACUGACCAGGUUUCAAUCUCAUAGGUGAUAAAUCGUCUGAUUGUGGGGAUGUAUUAUUUCACAGUGGGCUCUGAUUUUAAAUCGUAACAUAUUAUGAGGCGACUAUUCAUGAGCUGUACUCUUUCGUAUCCACA